GUCCGGUUUUGCGGAGCGGCGAGGAAGCUCCUCCGUCCUCCGGAGAGCAGGUUUUAGGGGGUCCCGCUUUCGAUGAGGACGGUCGGCGGUAGCGCGGCUCCGCUGCUCGGGAGCUCCUGCCGCGCACGUGGCUUCAGUAGCCGGGCGCAUGAAUCGGCGGGAGGGAGAAGCUUCGGCCGAUGGUGGCGGCCUCUCGGGCGGGAGAAACGCUCGGCGGCUCCGCCGUUUGGGGACCGAGGCCUUUUGCCUCGGACGCUGCUUGGGGUCAGCUGCCCUCUUCUCGGAGCGCUGCUGCGCUGGCCCCAAAGGGCCCGGGAGCCUCUUUCCCCCCAGGCCAGAAGCCGCCCAAUGUCCUCAACGCCCGUGCCGUCUGCCUGGCAGAGAAUGGGCGGGAUGGGCCCCAGGCCGCCUCCGCAGCGCUUGCCGCCGGUCUGGCCAGGGCUUGGUUGGCGGAGGAGGAAUUGCUUCGCUCUCCGCUUGUCUUAGGAUCACUUCAGGAGGGAGAUGGGACUAUGAAGGCGGCUCUGUGGACGGACUGGAGGCCGGCUGAAGGCGGGACCGUUUCUGCCUUCAGCAGGGUCCUGGGGGGAGGGGUCUGAAAUCAUACAUGUGGUUGCAAAUGUAACUCUCCCCCCAGCAAAUGGCGGAUGACGCCGGUGCCGCGGGAGCGGCAGGAGCAGGAGGAGCCGCCGCCGCCACCGCCGCCAGGGGCGGCUUCCGAGGAGGCUUCGGCAGUGGAGGCCGGGGCCGGGGAAGAGGCCGGGGCCGUGGUCGCGGUCGUGGUCGCGGGGCUCGAGGCAAAGCUGAGGACAAAGAAUGGAUGCCUGUGACCAAACUAGGUCUUGUAAAAGACAUGAAGAUCAAAUCUCUGGAAGAGAUCUACCUUUUCUCUCUUCCAAUCAAGGAGUCUGAAAUCAUUGACUUCUUCCUGGGUUCUUCGCUGAAGGAUGGUUUGAAAAUCAUGCCAGUGCAGAAGCAAACAAGGGCAGGCCAGCGCACCAGGUUCAAGGCCUUUGUUGCCAUUGGGGAUUACAACGGUCAUGUUGGCCUUGGGGUCAAGUGCUCUAAAGAAGUUGCCACGGCCAUUCGUGGAGCCAUCAUCCUGGCAAAACUCUCCAUCGUGCCAGUGAGGCGAGGCUAUUGGGGAAACAAGAUUGGCAAGCCUCACACAGUGCCAUGCAAGGUGACAGGCCGGUGUGGGUCUGUCCUGGUUCGCCUCAUUCCUGCCCCACGUGGCACAGGGAUUGUGUCUGCCCCCGUUCCCAAGAAGCUACUGAUGAUGGCGGGAAUCGAUGACUGCUACACCUCGGCCAGGGGCUGCACUGCUACCUUGGCAAUUUUGGUACGGCUUUGAGUCCACUUUGAUGCUAUCUCCAAGACCUACAGUUAUCUGACCCCUGAUCUUUGGAAAGAAACUAUCUUCACUAAAUCUCCUUAUCAGGAAUUUACUGAUCAUCUGGCGAAGACCCACGCCACCAGAGUGUCUGUGCAAAGAACUCAGGCAGCUGCUGUGGCAACCACCUAAAAAUUGUGUACAUUGCCAAUAAAGUAAUCCUGAAGUUUUAAACCAA